UUUACAGCCGUUUCACGUCGUUUGAAGGAGCACUCUGAGGACAAGAGAAAGUUGCCCAUUCUGAUCUUCCCUGAGGGCACGUGCAUCAACAACUCCUGUGUGAUGAUGUUCAAGAAGGGCAGCUUUGAGGUGGGCGCAACCAUUUACCCGGUGGCAAUCAAGUACGACUCUCGCUUUGGUGAUCCCUUCUGGAAUAGCGCCAAGUACGGCUACAGCAAGUACCUCCUCAUGAUGAUGACCUCCUGGGCGAUUGUUUGCGAUGUUUGGUACCUCCCACCGAUGACCCGAGAGGAGGGCGAGAGCGCCAUUGAGUUUGCCGCCCGCGUCAAGGCGGAGAUUGCCACUAAGGGCGGUCUGGUGGAGCUGGACUGGGACGGACAGCUGAAGCGACAGAAGGUGAAACCCGAAUGGGUGAAGAUGCAACAGCUGCACUUUAGUCAGACACUUGAAGUGCCACCAUCGCCACCCACACCGGCUGCCAACACCACCGAAGAAGAAAAGACCAAGGUCGACUCCACGACUGAUGAGAAGGUGCCACCUGCCGAAUUCUCAAUGAUGCGAAAGGUUUUGAGAAACAAACUGCUGCAUCAUACUCAAAACAAGGUCGAAAUUUUGCAGAAAGACCCCAACAAUCCACUGUACUCGGUGAAAUCUUUCGACGAACUGAACAUUCCUGAGCCUCUCCUUCGAGGAAUUUACGACAUGGGCUUCAGUAAGCCGUCUCGCAUCCAGGAGGCAGCUUUGCCUAUUCUUCUUCAUACUCCGCCGACCAAUUUGAUCGCCCAAUCUCAGUCCGGUACCGGCAAAACUGCUGCUUUUCUUCUCGCCAGCCUUUAUCGCGUCAAGCCAGAGGUGAAGGAGCCCCAAGUCAUCAUCCUGGCUCCGACCUAUGAGCUGGCACUUCAGACUGGCGAGGUAGCUCAGCAGAUGGCCAAGUAUCGUCCGGAAAUCACUAUCAAGUACGUGAUUCGCGGCGAAGUUUUGCCACGAGGCACUAAACUUCAGGACCACAUUUUGAUCGGCACUCCUGGAAAAAUGAUCGACUGGAGUUUGAAGUACCAGUUUUUCGACAUUAAGAAAAUUCGCGUUUUUGUGCUUGAUGAAGCUGACGUGAUGAUUGACACACAGGGGCUUCGCGCCCAAUCUGUCAAGAUGAAGCAGUUUCUUCCCGAAAGUUGCCAGAUGAUGCUCUUCUCUGCAACUUACAGCGACGAGGUCAUGGAGUUUGCUCGCAGCAUCAUCAGAGAGCCAGUGCUGAUUCUCAAGCUGCGCGUCGAAGAGCAAAGUCUGGACAACAUCAACCAGUACUACAUUGAUGUCAGUAAUGAGCAGGAGAAGUACGAAGCUCUGACCAACAUCUUUGGCACCAUCAGCAUGGGUCAGGCCUUCAUCUUUGUUGAGACCAAAAUUUCCGCUUCUAGGCUUGUUCAACAGCUCCGAAAGGACGAACACUCCGUGGGCCUGAUUUCCGGUGAUUUGACUGUUGAACAGCGAAAUGAAGCGCUGAAACGUUUCCGAGAAGGACAGGAGCGCGUCAUUGUGGCCACCAAUGUGAUGGCUCGAGGCAUUGACAUUGAACAAGUCAGCCUCGUCAUCAACUAUGAUCUGCCAAUCAACGUAGAAACCCGUGAGGUGGACUGCGAAACUUACCUCCACCGAAUUGGUCGUACCGGUCGGUUUGGCAAGGAAGGCCUGGCUAUUAACUUUGUGGACGGGUAUCGCUCACGCGCGAUGAUUCAAGUGUUGGAGGAACACUUUGGCAAGCCGAUCAAGAAGCUGGACGCCACUGAUGUCGAUGAGAUUGAAAAGAUUGGCAAUGACAUGUAA